UAGAGAUCACCUUUGACAUUGGUCCUGCGAGUAAUACGGAGGGCCCCGCACGCGACCUGGACAAUCCCUACGCUCGUUCAAUGGUCAUUAUAACUGGUACUUUGACCACAUCUUACAAACAGUCCGUUACUCUUGUACACGGCUCAAUCUGGACAACAGUGUUCAAUCUCGAGGCUACUACAGUAGGAAACAUAAAAAAGGUAACAAACAUCUUCAAAGGGUCAUGGUAAGGAUACUAAGACUAAAAGGGGGCGCGGAAUAGGUGAAGGUUUUACCGGUUACAAUGAUGCUGUUCACCGGAACGACAAGCUGUGGCGUCAAUGGAGUAUUACUGUCAUUGGCGCUUCCUGUCAAGACUUGCGCUAGGGCCGUAGAUGAAACCGAUUCGAAGGGAAGAUUGAAUGUUACAGCGGAAGCGGUAUCCACUAUAUUAGCGACUUUGAUAAUGAUCUCGUUGGGUACUGUCGAUGUCUGUCGGACUACGCUCCAAAACAACGUGCCAUCAAGGUCCGGUAAGGUGCUUGGUACGUAUUCGUCCCCGCGGUUUUUGCUAAAGAGCUUCUGAGGAUAGUAGCUCGUUGAGAGAUAAACUGAUCCGGCGUCAAAAGAGAUCAAGUUAGGAGGACGAGAGCGUAUCAGAAGAUCAAAACAACGAGGAAGAAGACUUGCGACUUCUUAUGAGUGAUGAUUUUGAGAGGGAGCUAAACGAGGAGGACGAGCAUGAAGUACAGGAAAGCCCAGAGGAUGAAGAGGAAGAGGAGGAUGGGGAGGAAGUGGAAGAGGAAGAUGACGAGGGUGGGGGCGACGAUCAGGAUGAAGACAUAGACUACAACGACGAUGGCUAUGGCGACUAUUGAUAUUCUCACGUUGAUA